AUGGAGGUGGCCCCUCCUGCCCCGCAGACACUAAGGGAGCCCCUCAGGAGGAGGACCCCUAGGCCUCUGAGCCAGCUGGUGGAAGAGAGCAGGAGUAGAGCCAACUUUCCCAAUCAUCUACUGGAAUCAAAAAUCUAUGCCAAACUGAAAAGCAACAGCCUGAUCCAUGCAGAGCCCCCAGAGCUUCACUUCAGUGGGUUUGAGCUGAGGAAGGAUUACAUAAAGAUCCUGAAACUAAUCAACAUCUCAUCUGAAGUCGUGAAUAUUCACAUCAUCCCCACCCAAACCAAGCACUUCCAAACAACUUAUACCAAAAAGUAUCGACUCAUCCCAGGCCUCGCCUACACACUGAAGGUCAGGCUCUGUCCCGACGAGUGGCGUUACUUCUACGAUUGCAUUCGGGUUCACUGCAAGGGGGAAGAGAACCUGUUAAUUCCAGUUCAUGCUUACCCUGUCAUUGAUGACCUGCACAUCCCUCCUCGUAUCGACCUAUCAGCCGUACCACUUGGGCAAAGUGUUCGCUAUGCUAUUCCUCUGAGAUGCAGCUGCCCCAUUGACUUUGAGUUCCAGGUGUACGUUAUUCAGCCCCAUGAGGCCAUCUCCAUCCAUCCCCUUACAGGUGUGAUACCAGCCAACGGUGAAGAGACGAUCACGGUGACCUUCAGUCCUUUCCAAUAUGAGACUUGUCACGUCACCAUCCAGCUGAUCAUCUCGCAGUUCAACACCAGACCGUACCUCUGUACCAUCACUGGGAGCUCCGCCCCUCAUGUAGCCCUCAGUGAGCCGUGGAGAAAGUCGGGUCAUGGAGUUGCAGUGCCUGCAGAAUACAAAGGACCUUCCCCUGCCAGCCAAACGGCCCCUCAAAGUAAAACCAAAUGCAGGUCAACUAAAGAGGCUGACAGAUCAAAGACAUUGACAGAUCAGGCUGGUGUUAAGGCCAGACCGAAGCCUCCAGUAGAUGUCUGCACUCCUGCGGGGGUGGCUAAGAUGCUGAUCAAAGACACCGAUAAGCUCAGCUCUAAAGACCUGAGGGAAGCCAUAUCCUGUGGCAGCACAGUUGUUCUGCAGAACAGGCAGAUGAAGGAAGCCCUCUUCAUGAAAAAGGUUCAACAAAACCUGAAGGAUGAGCAAGCCAACCAGCUCAGAUGGAAAGUCCAUCUUGGUAAGGACCCCGUGUCAGAGCACACCAGGCGGCAGAUAGCAGAGGAGAGAGAGAUCGCACUGCAUGAAUACAUGGUCAAAAGGGGAGAUGGACGGCACAAGGAAGACUUUGCUGCUGGGAAGCCUAAACUUUCCUCCAGACGAGUGCUGUGUGAAGCAGGACAGGCCUGUGAGGGAGCCCCAUCCUUCCAGGUUUACCCCAGCUUUCAAUGGGAGCUGAGACAAAGAGCCCUUGGACUGUUCCAGCAGGCCGCACGCAAGAUAGUGAUCCGAUGUCGCAUGAACCGGAGACUGACCUGUUUGAAGAAACUGUCGGACAGCAGGAGGAACUUGCCCAUGGCAAAGAAAGAAGAGGAGAUGACUUGUGAUCUGAAGAUCUCGCAAGACAAAGUCUUUGCAUUUGCUUUCCCUGUUUUCUCUAAUGAAGAUGACCCACUGGCUCCUGGUAAUUUGGUCCCGUUGCCCGUGGAUCCUGUUGACGUGACUGUGACAACACGCAUUCCUCUCUUCAAGCUUCAAGUUCCCCAGCACUAUAAGCUUAUGGGCUAUCGGUCUGUGUCAACCUGGGAUGCUUUUAACUCUUAUAUGCCCACCACUCUGGCCAGACCACUUCGCACUGGAGCCCCGGACGAGCUGGGGGAAGCGACGGCGGCCCGUCUCUCCUUCAGCGCCCCCGAAGCUCUGCUCAGACCUUUUCCGGCAAACCCACUCCGAAUCUUCAACCCAGAUCCAGGCCUGCAGACCUACAAACCAACCCCCAAGUACCUGGAGAGUGACCCGGAGUUCCACCUCUGCCCUCUGUCCAGGUAUACAAUCCCUGAGAGCAACAUGUGUGGCAGAGAGACACGGACCACACACACUCCGAAGUUUCUGGACCACAAGGAGGUGAUCACAGGGAUCAUGACAUGGAAGGAUUUUGAUUCGCUCGCCUUAAAGUAUCUGUCCAACCAACCUGCUUUUACCAGUGACUGGGCCCCACGCAGGUGUGUCGACUACAGCACAGAUAUACUUCCACUCACAGCCCCGCCUCCUCUCACCGGCCCUCCUGCUGAUCUGCCGCCACUGACGGACAAACCAUGCAAAGGCUCAGGAGUGCAACUCACGCCAGAGAUUAUCAGAGCAGAGUUCUUGUCUGCAAAAGCUCUGGUCUCCAAUAGCAACCUCACCAGCCGAACAACAGUCAGGCACCAGAGGGAGCUUCAGGUGGAGGCGACCUACAGGUCUGAGUGCAACCAGAUGGGGAAACGAGUGAUGGCCAGGCUGAAGCACUUUGGACUCAGAACUUCACCAGGAGAGGACUGUGAAUAG